AUGUUAAUUCGUACACCUGAACCAGUUCGACGUAGUUUAACAUUGGCAAAUACACAUUUUGUACGACAAGAUCUUAUUCUUCCAAGAUUUUCAUCAUCACGUUCAACAAUACGUAGAACAACUGUUACAGCACUUACAUCAACUAUUUCAUUACCUGUUUCAUCAAAUCUAAAUGAAAAUAAUUUAAAUAUUAAUGAAUAA